GGCGCCACUGUGCAGAGAGAAGUUGGUUGAUUCGUUGAGGGAAGAAAUAUGAGAGUGAGACUGAGACGCUUCUCUUCUUCACCAUCACCUCCCAAACACACACUAUCUUCUUCUUCUGCGAGUCAACCCUCAAAUUCUCCACCCAUUGAUCACUCUUACAUCGCUCGCAUACUUUCCAGAACCGAUUGGGCUUUGUUGCUCAAACACGAAUUCUCCAAAAACAAGGUAUCUUUACUCAACCCUCGUUUUGUUGUAAGCAUUUUUCAGAAUCAAGAUAACCCUUUACACUCCAUAAGGUUCUACACGUGGGUUUCUGCUGCAAACCCCUCUUUGGCAAAUAAUCAAACACUUCAUAGGGUAUUAGGGAACACUCUUUAUAGGAAUGGCCCUGUUGUUUUGUCUGCUGAUUUGAUUAAGGAUGUUUCUGAUUCCGGUUUUCGGGUGUCCGAGGAAUUGUUGUGUGUCUUGUUUUGGAGUUGGGGUAGGCUUGGUUUGGCCAAAUAUUGUGGUGAUGUUUUUGGGCAAAUUUCAUUCUUGGGGAUUAGCCCUAGUACUAGAUUGUAUAAUGCACUAAUUGAUGCAUUGGUGAAGUCGAAUUCGAUUGAUCAGGCUUAUUUGAGGUUCCAGCAGAUGUCGGCGGAUAAUUGCACCCCGGAUCGGAUCACUUACAAUAUCCUCAUUCAUGGUGUAUGCCAGAAGCGGGUGGUGGAUGAGGCGCUUCGAUUGAUUAGGCAAAUGAAGGAUAGGGGGCAUUUCCCUAAUGUUUUCACCUAUACAAUACUAGUUGAUGGGUUUUGUAAUGCAAGGAGGGUUGAUGAAGCCUUCCGAGUUCUUCAUACGAUGAAGGAGAGUCGAGUUAGUGCGAAUGAGGCCACGGUUAGGACAUUAGUUCAUGGGACUUUUCGAUGUAUAGAGGAUACAAGUAAGGCACUUGAAUUAUUAUCUGAUUUUCUUGAAAGGGAGCCUACCCAUUUUAAGUUAGGUUGUGAUACCAUUUUGUAUUGCCUGACAAAUAAGUCGAUGGCGAACAAUGUAAUUGUGUUUUUGAGGAAAGUGCUAGCAAGAGGCUAUGUCCCUGGAAGUUCCAUUGUCAAUGUCAUAAUGGUUUGUUUGGUAAAAGGAGCAAAUCUUAAAGAUACUUGUGAGAUGUUUGAAAGUUUCAGAAAACUAGGUUUGAAACCGGGGGUUGAUUCUUAUCUUUCACUUCUUGAAUCCUUAUACAAGGACGGACAGAGCGGGGAAGGGGAUAGAAUCUUUGAUCAAAUGACUGUGGAUGGUCUUAUUUCGAGUGUUUAUGUGUAUAACAUGAUUAUUGAUUGCUACUGCCGAGCCAAAAUGAUGGAUCGUGCAUCAGCGAUUUUUAGAGACAUGCAGCUUAAGGGAUUCACCCCAAACCUUGUGACAUUCAAUACCCUCAUUAAUGGCCAUUGCAAGGAUGGAGCUAUAGCCAAGGCAAAAGAGCUGCUGGAGAUGCUCUUGAAAACUGGACUCAAACCCGAUAUCAUUACUUUUAGUUCUAUAAUUGAUGGACUUUGUCGAAUAAACAGGACUGGGGAGGCUUUUGAAUGCUUUAAUGAGAUGAUUGAGUGGGGCAUCAAUCCAAAUGCCAUUGUUUACAAUAUCUUGAUCCGGUCUUUAUGUGCAAUUGGGGAUGUUUCAAGAUCAACAAAACUUCUAAGAAGAAUGCAAGAGGAAGGAAUAAGCCCUGACACAUACUCCUAUAAUGCUUUAAUUCAAAUUUUUUGUAGGAUGAAUGACACUAAGAAAGCCAAAAAGCUGUUUGUUUCGAUGUCAAGAUCUGGCUUAAAUCCCGAUAGUUACACAUACAGUGCUUUUAUAGAAACACUAUUGGAGUCCGGGAGAUUAGAGGAAGCGAAGAAGAUGUUUUACUCGAUGGAGGCAAAUGGUUGUCCUCCUGAUUCUUAUGUAUGUAAUUUAAUUAUUAAAAAACUGGUUCAGCAAGACUGCUUCGAAGACGCAAAAAACAUUGCAGAAAAAUGCAGACAGAAAGGAAUGUCCUUGAAUCCUGUGUUCAAUUCAUAGAGUCGGUUUUUUCGCCAAGUUUCUGAGAUGCUGCUAUUGUUGAGCAUUCUACAUGGAAUGUAUUAUUGCCAGACAGCUUGAAAUCUGCUGGACUGAAAUUGGAUUGUGAUAUUACUAAAAUUCUUGGUUUUGAGGAUUAUGAAUGAAACUUUGCCUUUUCUUGAAGCAGCUUGAGCUUAGAAAAUGGAAAUUACAGAGAUUAGGUAAGCUUUUAAAAUCAUGAUAUUGUUAAACUUAAACUUAUAAUCUGCUCGAAAAUAUAACAUGUAAAUUGUAACCUCUUAAUUUAAAAGGUGUA